AUGCAAUAUGCAAGUGAAGGUAACUUGCGAAAUUACCUUUCAACUUCAUUUGCAAGAUUUGAUUGGUGGAAAAAAGUAAACAUGCUUCGUGACAUUAUAAUUGGCCUUCAAUCAAUUCAUAGCGCAGGCCUGGUUCAUCACGAUUUUCAUAGUGGUAACAUACUGCGUCAUGGUUACGGUAAUGAUAGUAAUAAUUUAGAUACAUAUAUAACAGAUCUUGGAUUAUGUCAUCCUGUAGAUGAACAUUAUAACAAAUCUAAAGUAUUUGGGGUUUUACCUUAUUUGUCUCCCGAGGUUUUACGUGGUGAACAAUAUACGAAAGCUGCUGAUAUUUAUAGUUUAGGAAUUAUCAUGUGGGAGGUUACCACGGGCAAUAAACCAUUUCAUGAUCGUCCUCAUGAUCAUGACCUGGCGAGUGAAAUUUGUUCAGGUUUAAGACCAAAACUUAUGCCUGGAACUCCUGAAUGUUAUGCUCAAAUAAUGCAAAGAUGUUGGAAUGCGGAUCCUUUAUUACGUCCAACUACAGAAGAAUUACUCAUCGUGUUUAAACAAUUUAAAGAAAUAUCAAAUCACAGAACACAGAUUGGUGAGGCUGAAUUGAUUCGUUUAAUUCGUGUAUUGCAUCUCGCUUCUGCAUCAGACUUUGGGAUGCUGGCUGCCCGACGUCGUGCAAAUAGUGUAACAACUCAUAAUCGUCGUCCUAAUAAACAAAAAAAUAAUAGGCGAAGUAUUCAAAUUCAAAGUGUCUCGGCUACCUUUAACGAAAAACGAUUUAGUAGAGUAUUUAAUAGUGAAGAAGUCGCAGAAAGUAUGCGACGAUUAAGUCUUUCUUCAGGAUCAAAAGAUUUAAAUGCGAUAAAUGAGGAAUUAUUCGAAGAAUAA